CGCCGGGACGGCGGGCAUCUCGGGGCACGGGGCAGAGGCGCGGCGCGCGAGGAGGGGCGCGAGCGGUCGCGGGCGGCAGAGCCAUGAACGCCGCAGUGGUGCGGCGGACGCAGGAGGCUCUGGGCAAGGUGAUCCGGAGGCCGCCGCUCACCGAGAAGCUGCUCAACAAGCCACCGUUCCGCUACCUGCACGACAUCAUCACCGAGGUGAUUAGGAUAACUGGCUUCAUGAAGGGCCUCUACACAGAUGCUGAGAUGAAGUCAGAAAAUGUCAAGGAUAAAGAUGCAAAAAUUAGCUUCUUACAGAAGGCCAUAGAUGUGGUUAUGAUGGUGUCAGGAGAACCCUUGGCAGCAAAACCAGCUAGAAUUGUGGCUGGGCACGAACCUGAAAGAACCAAUGAGCUGCUUCAAUUGAUUGGCAAGUGCUGCCUCAGCAAGCUCUCCAGUGAUGAGGCAGUGAAGAGAGUCUUAGCUGGGGACAAGGGAGACGCGAGAGGGCGGGCCCAGCGGACGUCGAAAGCACAAGAGCCUAACAACAAGAGUGGGAAGGAGGAAGAGUCCAGAACACACAAAGAGGAUAAACGAAGCUCUGAGGCCAAGGAGAGAAGCACAAGUGCAGAGCACAAACAGAAGGAGGAACUGAAGGAAGACAGCAAGCCUCGGGAGAAGGAGAGGGACAAGGAGAAGGCCAAGGAGGCCGACAGAGACCGGCACAGAGACCCCGACAGGGACAGAAACAGAGACGGAGAGCGAGAGAAAGCCCGAGCACGGGCCAAGGACAGGGACAGAAACAACAGAGACCGGGACAGAGAGGCAGAAAGGGACAGGAGGAGCGAGGGCGGGAAAGAAAAAGAGAGGGUGAAGGACCGAGACCGAGACCGAGACCGAGACCGUGACAAGGGAAAAGACCGGGAACGGCGGAAAUCGAAGAAUGGAGAACAUACCCGGGAUCCUGACAGGGAGAAAAGCAGAGAUGCAGACAAGCCAGAGAAAAAGUCCUCAAGCUCAGGGGAGAUCUCUAGAAAGCUGUCAGAUGGAUCUUUCAAAGAUGCCAAAGCAGAGAUGGAGGCUGACAUGGCUGUGGGAGCAUCUAGGUCCUCGACGUUAAAACCAUCAAAACGGCGAUCGAAGCAUUCACUGGAAGGAAGAAGGGACUCUAGAGCCAGUGACAAUAACCCUUCCCCUGAAAAGGAACAUAAGGCUUCCUACCGUAAAGCUAAGAAGGACCAUAGCAUGAAGCAGCUUGGAAGGAAAGAGGAUAAUAUUUCAGCUAAGAUUUUAGACUCCAUAGUGUCGGGACUAAAUGACGAACCAGAUCAGGAAACGACCACUUCCGAAAUAGAUGAUAACUCAGCUAGUCUGUGGCGGGAGAGCGCUGAGCCAGAGCCAGCCGUAAAGCAGAAAGGUGACUCCCCCAGCGACGCAGAAGUAGAAGCUGGACCUACUGGCCAGGAUAAGCCGGAGGUGACGGAGAAUGCAGAAGUCCCCAGUGAGCUUCCCUCCAGCCUCAGAAGAAUACCUCGGCCUGGGAGUGCACGGCCAGCACCUCCCAGGGUCAAACGACAAGAGAGCACAGAGGCACUGGUGGUGGACAGGUCGGGAAGUGGUAAAACUGUCUCCAGUGUGAUCAUCGACUCCCAGAACUCUGACAAUGAGGAUGACGAGCAGUUUGUGGUGGAGGCUGCCCCUCAGCUGUCAGAAAUCGCAGACAUUGACAUGGUGCCGUCAGGGGAGCUGGAGGAUGAGGAGAAGCAUGGUGGGCUCGUGAAAAAGAUCUUGGAGACGAAGAAGGAUUAUGAGAAAUUGCAGCAGUCUCUCAAGCCUGGUGAGAAGGAGAGAUCACUCAUCUUUGAGUCAGCAUGGAAGAAGGAGAAGGACAUCGUUUCCAAGGAGAUAGAGAAGCUCCGCGUGUCCAUCCAGACCCUGUGUAAGAGUGCGCUUCCCCUGGGAAAGAUCAUGGACUACAUCCAGGAGGACGUGGACGCCAUGCAGAAUGAGCUGCAGCUGUGGCACAGCGAGAAUAGGCAGCAUGCCGAAGCCCUGAGCCAGGAGCAGAGUAUCACAGACAGUGCGGUGGAGCCCCUGAAGGCCGAGCUUUCUGAGCUGGAGCAACAGAUCAGAGACCAGCAGGACAAGAUCUGUGCCGUAAAGGCCAACAUCCUGAAGAAUGAGGAGAAGAUCCAGAAAAUGGUGCACAGUAUCAACCUGUCGUCACGAAGGUGAAUGGCCAGCCCUGCAGAGAUGGAGCUGUCUUCCUCAUGAUGGACAAGGGGCAGGAACUGCCCCUCUGAGCCCCAGUCUGCUGAGAAAUGGCCUGCUGUGCCCUGAGCCAGCUAAGGUCAGAGCCUUUGGUUUAGGCACUACACUUAUUAAAAGGCUGUGUUUUCUUCCUUCCAGCUACAGUGCUUACUACUUAGAGCCUCCAGCUCGCCUUUGUGGGAGGGCUUAUUUCUUUGUUUUUUUUUUUUUUUUUUUGGCAAAUACAUUUCCUGCUGCAGCCUGGUUGACUCUGUACCCUGGUGUUCUGGCAGGUAAGUUGUUUCAUCCUACUAGGUAAACAGCAGGCCCGGAGUUGUGCUUUUGAGUCUCCCAGGACUUCAUACUAGCACUGAGCAAAGGACAACUAUGAAUUUUUUGGUGGGUAUUUUAUAAAUAGAAUGAGGCCUAAAAUGGUUAAAUUGCCAUUUUCAUUUCUACCUGAGGGUGUCAUGUUAGCCCGUGUCCUUGUAAGGUGCCUGUCACCUGGGCCGGGUUGCUGCUCUCUUAUUGUAUAGGCUUCUCUCUGCAGCCUCCCCAUGACCCUGCUGUCUGCAUUCUAGCCCUUAAAGCUCAUAGGUUGAGGAGGAGAAUUUAGCCCAGCCUUUAUGGGCAUUGUGUGAUGGGAACCUGCCUUGGCCACCGCCACAGCUUUCUGCAGCCUCCGGCUUACUCCGGAUGGAUGGAUAAGCAGUCCCCCAGGCCUCCUUAAGAGGACAUUGUCGCAUGAAGGGCUGACAUGGUCCUUCUGUUUGGUGAAGGUGUGCUCUACAAGUUGGGAGUGAGGAGAGACUGAGAGGAAGAGAGCACUCCAAUUUACAUUUUGUGUUUGUUUUCCUUUUUAAAAGACCCUUUUUCAAAAGCAAAAGUUGAUUUUUUUAAUGGUUUAUAUUCAGUUUCUCACCUACUGUAAAUACUCAUUAAGGUCUUGAAUUACUGUAAGAAGGAUCUCACUGUGUCUGGAGAUGUUCUUACGGGCGUAAGGUCUGAAGUGGUCUUCCAUUUCUGGGUAUUUCUUAUGUGCACUGCAUCACACCCUGGGAUGUGUGAAGACUGCCUUAGCACAGCCAGGGUUUCUCAGUCAGUGAAGGCAGAGCCCAGCUCUUGCCUGGGGGCCUGGACAGUGUGAGAUGCCCUUCUGCCCCUUAGCCUCUCCUGUCUGAAGCACACCGCACCACCCUGCCAAAGAGAUGCUUCCACAUAGUGUAGGGGAGGGAAGCAUUGCUUGUCAGCCAGCCUUUUGUGUGUUCAUGAGCUCUUUUCUACUGAAUUAAAUGACUUAGCCAUAACCCUAAGUGGACCCCAUAUAUACCAACGUAAUAUAUAUACACAUAUGUAUAUAUAUCCUUUUAUGAAUUUGUAUAUAUGAAUAGAAUUUUUAUGUUGAGAAAAUUACAUACAUUGUAUGUGAGUAAAAUUUUAUAUGCUGUAGUCAUCAGAUUGUAUCACAAAGUUUUAUUUUUCUUUUAUAUGUAAAUCAUUAAAAUAAUCACCUAUUUUUCCUA